AUGUCUGCGGUGGCAAGCAAGCCUUCCGCGCAAGACCCUUCCUCCGAGCUUCCUGGAGCAACAGCUCCCUGUGUGAGAAACAGGGUGUUGGAGAGGGUUGUACAUCCUUCUCCGAGAGGAGAGGACCUGAGGAUAGCAGACAAGUACUUCUUCCAGGAGCUCAGCAAGAGCGCUGGGAACGAGGCAGGGAUGAGAUGGCUGCACGAGCGGGUGGUGAAGAGUGACCCGUAUGCUGGGGUGUCGAACGGGUGCUCGAGCACAGCACUCUCAGACUACGAGACGAGCGAGGAGGAUGAGGAGGACGAGGAUGAGGGGGAAGGGGGCAACCUGAUGGACUUUGCGUUUGUUGAGAAGUAUCGGAAUAGUCAGAGCCAGCACUUGGAGCCGACAUGCGUCUACGCCCUCCUGAACGAAGGAUAUGAGAGCAUGAUGAACAGACUGUGGUCAUGGCUCGUGGUCAUGUUCGCUUUCCUCGGGUGGUUCCAGCCCAGGGGGGAGGAGGUGAAACUGGAGGAGAGUGCGCCGGUGGAGGAGAUCAGCGAGGUGGUAGCGGAGGAGGCAAGCAAGGACAAGGAGGAGACGAAGUCACAGCAGUCGGAGGAGGAUGGGAUCAAUCGCAGCAGCAGCACAGAAGGAGAGUCCUCGUCUCUACCCCGUCCUCGACCCAGAAAGUCGUCCUCGCUCGGUCGCAUGCUGAGGACGGUCGAUAAGGAAAAGAAAGGGCUGAUCUACACUGACGCGGCUCACCUUCUGUGGGACUGA